UAACUUUUACACAAACACGCAGUUCCCAUCAGCAUCAACUUCAAACAGCUCUGGCUUUCUGUCUGACCACAUCUCGGUUCAGGGGAGCAGAAGCAAAGAGCUACUUCUGAGGGGUUCUGCAGCAGCUCUGAAAGCUUCUUGCACCUUUUGCAGGCUCUGAAUUGCCAAGAUGCUUCUGCUUCUUUCUCUGGUCACUGGGCUUGCCCUGUCUGCCUCCGGUGUCACAGCAGACAAAGAAACUGCUCCAAGCCAAGAGUUACUUCAUGACAUAGAGAAGAAAGUGAAAGACCUCUGGCAGAAUUUGCUCUACCCAGUAAUGCCUGGUAAUGAGACUGAUGGGAUGAUUUAUGCCACUUGUGAAAUGAAGCCCAGCUCCAAAAUAGAUCCUGACAAGCCACAGGUGACUGGACAAGUCUUAUUCAGACAGUGUUACUCACAUGGAAGAUUAGAAGCCAUUUUUUACUUGGAUGGGUUUCCGUUGGAUAAUAACCAAUCUGGUAGAGCUAUACACAUCCACGAGCUCGGGGAUCUCAGCAACGGCUGUGAUUCUACAGGAGGACACUAUAACCCUUUCAGCGUGAAUCACCCCCGUCACCCAGGGGAUUUUGGAAACUUUUUUCCUAAAGAAGGCAAAAUCAGAAAAUACAAAACACAACUCUCUGCCACUAUGUUUGGUCCAUAUUCCAUCAUGGGCAGAUCCGUCGUGAUCCAUGAGCAGGAAGACGAUAUGGGCAAGGGCAACAAUAAGGCCAGUUUGGAAAAUGGAAAUGCUGGGAAACGUCUGGCUUGCUGCGUGAUCGGGAUAUGCAACAACAACUUGUGGGAAGAGAAACUGGCUGAGGUUACAGAUAAGAAGAAGAGAGGGCUCAACAAACGAACAUAGAACCAGGCUUAAGUGAAGACCAAGAAGCCGGCUAUGGCCUGGGCAGCACAAAGUACCUUAGGCUGUGUCACUGGCCACUAAGAUAUAUGGCUACAGAAUUCCCAUUUCCGAUCGCUUGCUCUUCUAAGAAAUGUGUAUCACUUUGUAGAGCCUCCUUUCUGUAAGCCCAGCAAUAAACCCAGCAUCAACUCAA